AUGAGGUUACUUGGGCUCGCGGCCGCUCUAGGUGUGCUGGUGAGAUCCGGGGCGGCAAUCGACUUGGUCCUGGAGGAUGAAGAGUCUGUCAAAUCCGCCGCCGCCACAAUCGCCUUCGGGCUGGUCAAGUACUACACGGGCAACAACACCGGCGACACGCCGGGAAACCUUCCGGACCCGUAUUUCUGGUGGGAGGCGGGCGCCAUGUUCGGCACCCUGAUCGACUACUGGGCACUGACGGGCGACGACUCGUACAACAACAUCACGACGCAGGCGAUUCUCCACCAAGCGACGGAGAACGGGGACUUCAUGCCGGCGAACCAGACGCGCACGCUCGGCAACGACGACCAGGGAUUCUGGGGGAUGGCGGCGCUCUCGGCGGCGGAGAACAACUACCCCAACCCGCCGUCGGAUCAGCCGCAAUGGCUCGCCCUGGCGCAGUCGCUCUUCAACCAAUACGCCUCCCGCUGGGACGAGACCACGUGCGGCGGGGGCCUGCGCUGGCAGAUCUUCACCUUCAACAACGGGUACAACUACAAGAACUCCAUCUCCAACGGCUGCUUCUUCAACAUCGCCGCCCGCCUGGCCCGCUACACGGGCAACGAGACCUACGCCGAGUGGGCGUCCAAGAUCUGGACCUGGCAGGAGACCGUGGGGCUCAUCAGCGCCGACUACCACGUCCACGACGGCACGAACAUCAACCUCACCGACAACACGUGCACGGCGGUGGACAAGAACGAGUGGACGUACAACUCGGGCAUCUUCCUUCACGGCGCGGCGGUCAUGUACAACCACACGAACGGAUCGUCGACGUGGCGCGAGCGCGUGGACGGCCUGCUCGCGGCGGCCCAAGCGACCUUCUUCACCAACAACUCGGUCAUGGUGGAGCAGCUGUGCGAGCCGGCGGGCGUGUGCGACAACGACCAGCGGUCCUUCAAGGGCUACCUGACGCGGUGGCUGGCCGGCACGACGCAGAUGGCGCCGCACACGGCCGGGCCGAUCCGCGCGCUGCUCGCGGCGGACGCGACGGCCGCGGCGAAGGCCUGCGUCGGCAACCCGGGCGCGCCCGCCUUCAAGGGCCACGCCGGCACGGCCUGCGGGUUCCGCUGGGACGACGCCGCGGUCGGCGGCGGCUUCGACGGAAGCGCGGGCGUCGGCGAGCAGAUGAACGCGCUGUCGGCCGUCAUGUAUACGCUCGUCACCAGCAGCAAGGCGGCCGCGCCGCUCACGGCCGACACGGGCGGCACGUCCAAGGGGAACCCGGCCGGGAAGGCGCACCAGCCGGGCGGCGUCGAGAGCGAGAGCGAGAGCGAGAUCAGCGUGGGCGAGCGCGUGGCGGCCGGGUUUGUCACGUCGGCGAUAGCGCUGGGGGUGGUUGCCGGGUGCGCGUUUGUGAUUUCGUGA